UGAAAUAUGAAAAACUCUUUGUAUUGAUGAUGUUCUAGGAAAGCUUCUUUGUCUUGACAUGCUCACAUAGAUUUGUGUCUUUACAUCCACGUGAAUAUUUUCUUCUUAUAUUUCUUUAAUAAACAGAUAGAUCUGAUAGCUCCAGAUAAUUUUCCUGAUCUUUUUCUUCUUAUGUGUUUAGAAACGUGAGUUAUAUCUUGGUCCCAUGACCUGGUCCCGGUCCCGGUUCGUGUUCGGCCUCUCCGUGAGGAGGUGCUGUGUGUAGUAAUGCUGCCACCUGGUGGACACGGUGGAACAGUGACCAGCGUCACGUUCAGAGAGGCAGUGAAGCGUUCUUACUGCUGCACUCUGCUUCUUCGUCAUAAAAGUGUCACUUUUGAUUGAUAAAUAUAAAUGUAAGAUUAUUGAAUACAAUAUUUUGUGUGUAUUUUAAAGUGUUGGUUGCUUUUUACACCUGAAGUGUUCCCAUGAGAACACAGUCAGUGCCUACAGAGGAUGUUUACCAGUCUACGGAAGCCUGUGCGCUUCUAUAUUCUGCUUUGCUUUUCUAAAAGAAUUAGUCUGCAGACAAAGUCAGACAUCUGCGUGUCCUGUGUCCGUUCACAUGAGCCCGCUGGACCCGUGCAGGCACAUCACGGACUGUGGCCAGUGGUUCUCGUUCACUUUAGUAGAUUGGCGUGCCAGAGUGCGGCCGGCAGUUACGCAGUUUACGUGAAUGUUUUGGCGUAGCAGAGGCCCAGGUGAAAGGAAGUGGUGGAAGAGUAGCCACUAAACCGAGACAGCUACAGAGUGAAUGGCAGUCAGCAUAUCCAACGAACGAGUUCAGAUGUUUUCAGCCGAGAACACCCAGUGAGAGACGGACACCAGAGCUGGAGGACCUAGUCACAAUCCCUGCCACUUCCUCUUUGUGUAGAGGUUUGUUUCCACCUCAAUGUGGGGGAGCAUCAGGAGUUGAUUAAGAGAUAUUUUAUCAUGAAGCCCAGAUUAAGUGUUGUCUGCUUAUCCAGAAAGUCUCAGUUAUUACCUUAUGUGCAUGUCCUCUGCCAGUGAACCUCUGAAAAGAAGAGGAUGAUGAAAUGAGAUAAAGUGGACGACUGGAGGAGCCCAGCCCCCUCACCUCCACCUCUUUGAAGCAUGGCAGGCCUACAGCUUGUCACCCCUGCCACUUCACCCAUGGGGCCUUUCUUUGGUCUGCCAUGGCAGCAGGAGGCUAUCCAUGAUAACAUCUAUACACCUAGGAAAUAUCAGGUAGAACUUCUUGAAGCAGCUCUUGAACAUAAUACUAUCGUCUGCUUGAAUACUGGCUCAGGGAAGACCUUUAUUGCAGUACUUCUAACAAAAGAGCUCUCCCACCAAAUCCGUGGACAUUACCAAGAAAAUGCGAAGAGGACUGUUUUUCUGGUGAACACAGCUUUGUCUGUAGUUCAGCAAGCAGCUGCAGUCAGGACUCACUCUGACCUCCAGGUGGGAGAGUACACAGAUUUGGAGGAGACCUCAGCAUGGACUGACCAACAGUGGACUCAAGAGAUCAUUGAGAAUCAGGUGCUGGUCAUGACUUGCCACAUAUUCCUGCACAUUCUGAAGAAUAAAAUCUUACAGUUGUCUAAAAUCAACUUGGUGGUUUUUGAUGAUUGUCACCUGGCCAUCACUGACCACCCCUACUGUGAGAUCAUGAAGCUGUUUGAGGGCUGCUCAGGCAGUCCUCGUAUCCUGGGUCUCACAGCCUCCAUCCUGAAUGGAAAGUGUGACCCGUCAGAACUGGAGCAGAAGAUCCAGAAUCUGGAGAGAAUCCUGAAGAGCAAUGCUGAAACUGCCACUGACCUUGUGGUCCUGGACAGAUACGCCUCUCAGCCAAGAGAAGUGGUGCUGGACUGUGGCCCCUAUGUGGAUAAGAGUGGCCUUUCUUCCCGUCUGCAGGCGGAGCUGGAUGAAGCUCUCCACUUCCUGAAUGACUGCAACAUAUCUGUUGCCAGAGAGGACCGCGACCCCACAUUCAUCUCCAAACAGGUCCUGACUGACUGCUGGGCCGUGCUGCAGGUGCUGGGACCCUGGUGUGCAGAUAAGGCGGCAGGCAUCAUGGUGCGGGAGCUCCAGAAAUACAUCAAACACGAACAAGAGGAGCUCAACCGCAAGUUUCUGCUCUUCACCGACACCAUCCUGCGCAAAGUGCACGCCCUCUGCGAGGAGCACUUCUCGCCCGCCUCGCUGGACCUCAAGUUCGUCACCCCGAAGGUCCUCCGGCUGCUCGAGAUCCUGCACGAAUACAAGCCCUUUGAGAGGCAGCAGUUUGAAAGCGUGGAGUGGUACAACAACCGCAACCAAGACAACUAUGUGUCCUGGAGUGACUCUGAGGACGAAGAUGAGGAUGAGGAGGUGGAGGCCAAAGAGAGGCCUGAAGCAAACUUUCCCUCACCGUUCACCAACAUCCUGUGUGGGAUCAUCUUUGUGGAGAGACGAUACACAGCUGUUGUCCUCAAUCGUCUGAUCAAAGAGGCGGGAAAGCAGGACCCAGAGCUGGCUUACAUCAGCAGCAACUUCAUCACCGGCCACAGCAUCGGCAAGAACCAGCCACGGAACAAGCAGAUGGAGGUGGAGUUCAGGAAACAAGAGGAGGUCCUCCGCAAAUUCCGGGCUCAUGAAACCAACCUGCUGAUCGCCACCAGCAUCGUGGAGGAAGGGGUGGAUAUUCCAAAGUGUAACCUGGUAGUGCGCUUUGACCUGCCCACAGAGUACAGGUCCUACGUCCAGUCCAAAGGCAGAGCCCGGGCACCCGUCUCCAACUACAUCAUGCUGGCUGACAGUGAGAGGACCAAAGCCUUCGAGGAAGAUCUCACUACCUACAAGGCCAUAGAGAAGAUCUUAAGGAACAAGUGCUCCAAGUCAGUGGAGCUGAGUGAGUUUGAAGUGGAGCAGGUGCUGGAUGAUGACAACAUCCUCCCACCCUACGUGCUUCGAUCUGAGGAUGGAGGUCCAAGAGUCACCAUCAACACAGCCAUCGGACACAUUAACAGGUACUGUGCUCGGCUGCCCAGUGACCCGUUCACCCACUUAGCACCAAAGUGUAAAAGUGCAGAGACGCAGGACGGACGCUUCCAGUCCACGCUCUACUUACCCAUCAACUCCCCUCUGCGAGUUCCUGUGAAGGGUCCCAUAAUGAACUGUACCAGACUGGCAGAGAAAGCAGUGGCACUAGUAUGCUGUGAGAAACUCCACAAAAUAGGUGAGCUGGACGAUCACCUGAUGCCGGUGGGGAAGGAGACGGUGAAGUACGAGGAGGAGUUAGACCUUCACGAUGAAGAGGAGACCAGUGUACCUGGCCGGCCCGGUUCCACCAAGAGGAGGCAGUGCUACCCGAAAGCCGUAAAUAUACCAGAGUGUCUGCGAGACAGUUACGCUGUGCCGGAGCAGACUUACUACCUAUAUGUGAUCGGGAUGGUGCUCACCACCCCUCUCCCAGAUGAACUCAACUUCCGCAGGAGGAAGCUCUACCCACCGGAGGACACCACCAGGUGCUUCGGCAUCCUGACUGCCAAACCCAUACCUCGAAUCCCCCAUUUCCCGGUGUACACUCGUUCAGGUGAGGUGACCAUCUCCAUCGAGCUGCAGAAAUCUGGCUUCGCGCUCACUGCAGCGCAGCUGGACCUCAUCACCCGCCUACACCAGUACAUCUUCUCCCACAUCCUCCGCCUGGAGAAACCUGCCCUGGAGUUCAAGCCCACACUGGCUGACUCGGCUUACUGUGUUCUACCUCUGAAUGUUGUCGGGGACUCGAACACACUAGACAUGGACUUUAAGUUCAUGGAAGACAUUGAGAAGUCUGAGGCCCGUACUGGCAUUCCUACCACUCAGUACACCAAGCAGAACCCCUUCACCUUCAAGCUUGAGGACUACCAGGAUGCUGUCAUCAUUCCAAGGUAUCGCAACUUUGACCAGCCUCACCGCUUCUAUGUCGCCGAUGUGUAUACAGACCUGACGCCGCUCAGUAAGUUUCCUUCACCAGAGUACGAGACGUUUGCAGAGUACUACAAAACCAAGUACAACCUGGACCUGUCCAACCUGAACCAGCCGCUGCUGGACGUAGACCACACCUCCUCCAGACUGAACCUGUUAACCCCUCGACACCUGAACCAGAAGGGCAAAGCCCUGCCGCUGAGCAGCGCAGAGAAGAGGAAAGCUAAGUGGGAGAGUCUGCAGAACAAACAGAUCUUGGUCCCAGAGCUUUGUGCCAUCCACCCCAUCCCUGCCUCCCUGUGGAGGAAAGCAGUGUGUCUGCCCAGCAUCCUCUACCGCCUCCACUGCCUCCUGACCGCUGAGGAGCUCAGAGCCCAGACUGCCAGUGAAGCUGGAGUGGGAGCCCAGACUCUCCCUCCUGAUUUUAGGUAUCCAAACCUGGACUUUGGCUGGAAGAGAUCUAUCGACAGCAAAACGUUCAUCUCCUGUUCUGAGUCCUGCAGCGAGGAUGGUGAGGGUCACUGUAAGCACCAAGAAACUGUAACCCCCGACUCCAGUCCCGUAACACAUCCCAGUCGUAAUGACUCUCCCCUGCCUGAGCAGGGCCCCCUCACAGCCUUUGAGCCUGGAGUAGACGCCUGCACGAGGAACCUAAUCAAUGGCACUGCCCUAGUCGCUGACUGUGACGACGACGGCCACCAAGAUGAGCACCUUUACCAACAUGACAAUUGCCAACGCUCCAAGCCCAGCUCCACUGGGCUGCAGAGCCCUGAAUCAAUACAAACCACUACCUCAGUUCCUGUGCAGCCCUCUCACAGCUUGAAGAAGCCCAGCUCCAGUCCUCCACAGCCUAGUGAUGAAUGUACACCAGGGAGGACCUCAGACCACACAAAUAAAGCUACCUCAGUCUGCAGCCGGGCAACCACGGGUCCCAACGCUCCUACAGCACCUUGUCUUGACCUUGUCGCUGUCCCACAGCACAGAACCCAGGCAGGAGACUCCCCCAAAAGCAUGGGGCCCAACCCGGGCCUCAUCCUACAGGCCUUGACCCUAUCCAAUGCCAGCGACGGCUUCAACCUGGAGCGGCUGGAGAUGCUGGGAGACUCUUUCCUCAAGCAUGCCAUCACCACAUACCUGUUCUGUACCUAUCCUGACGCUCACGAGGGACGACUCAGCUAUAUGCGCAGCAAGAAGGUGAGCAACUGUAACCUGUACCGUCUGGGGAAGAAGAAGGGGCUCCCUAGCAGGAUGGUGGUGUCCAUCUUUGACCCCCCUGUUAACUGGCUGCCUCCUGGCUACGUGGUCAACCAGGACAAGAGCAGCACAGACAAACUGGAUUCAGAGGAGGCCAAGGAGGAGCUUCUGGCCAACGGGCAGUCUGGAAACGAGUUCGAUGAGGACGAUGAGGAGGGUGAGGAGGUGGAUGAGGACAGUGAGCUGAUGCUGAAGGAUGAGCCAAAGGAUGAAGUCAACAUGGAGGACGAUCUGGAGUACUACAAAGAGCACAUCAAGUUCAUUGACAACAUGUUGUUGGGAUCUGGUGCGUUCGGUAAGAAGAUCUCCCUGAGCGGCUUCCCUCCCCCUCUCGCCCCGGGAUCUGCUCCCUCUCCCGCCAUGGAGUCUUCGUACGACUGGAAAGCCCCCAAGAAACCCCUUCAUCCCACCGCGGCCCACUACCCCUCGGAGCCGGCGCCCAGCGGGCCCUCUGCGGAGGAGUUUGACUACAGCUCGUGGGAUGCUAUGUGCUACCUGGAUCCCAGCAAGGCCGGAGAGGAGGACGACUUCGUGGUGGGUUUUUGGAAUCCAUCGGAGGAGAACUGUGGCGCCGAGCUCGGCAAGCAGUCCAUAUCCUACGACCUGCACACGGAGCAGUGCAUCGCCGACAAGAGCAUCGCUGACUGUGUCGAAGCUCUGCUGGGCUGCUACCUGACCAGCUGUGGGGAGAGAGCUGCCCAGAUGUUCCUCUGCUCACUGGGCCUCAAGGUGUUGCCGUUGGAGAGAGGCUUCUUGACGGGGACGGUGGUGCAGAGCCGGCAGACCACAGCCAUCGACCUGUGCUACGGCUGGCUGAAGAUCCCACCCCGAUGCAUGCUGGACCAUCCAGACGCCCAGCGAACUCUCAACCACCUCAUCUCCGGCUUCGAGAACUUUGAAAGAAAGAUCAACUACACCUUUGAGAACAAGGCUUACCUCCUGCAAGCCUUCACCCACGCUUCCUACCAUUACAACACCAUCACUGAUUGUUACCAGCGGCUGGAGUUCCUUGGUGAUGCAAUUCUAGACUACCUCAUAACAAAGCACCUUUAUGAAGACCCGCGGCAGCACUCUCCUGGCGUGCUGACCGACCUGCGCUCAGCCCUCGUCAACAACACCAUCUUUGCCUCUCUGGCCGUCAAGUAUGACUACCACAAGUACUUCAAGGCCAUCUCACCCGAACUUUUCCACGUCAUCGACGACUUUGUGCAGUUUCAGUUGGAGAAGAAUGAGAUGCAAGGCAUGGACUCCGAGCUGCGACGCUCUGAAGAAGAUGAGGAGAAGGAGGAGGACAUCGAGGUCCCGAAGGCCAUGGGAGACAUCUUUGAGUCACUGGCCGGUGCGAUCUACAUGGACAGCAGGAUGUCAUUGGAGGCGGUGUGGCAGGUGUAUUAUCCAAUGAUGAGGCCACUUAUAGAAAAAUUCUCUGCCAAUGUGCCACGCUCUCCUGUCAGGGAGCUGCUCGAGAUGGAACCAGAAACUGCCAAGUUCAGCCCUGCAGAGAGGACGUAUGACGGGAAGGUCCGGGUGACGGUGGAGGUCGUCGGAAAGGGCAAGUUUAAAGGAGUUGGCCGCAGCUACCGGAUCGCCAAGUCGGCGGCAGCGCGACGAGCUCUGCGCAGCCUCAAAGCCAAUCAACCUCAGGUCCAAAACAACUGAGCUCAGCAUUAGCACCUAAGCUAUUGACGCUAACGGAGAAAAAAAAAAAGCAGUGUCGGUUUCCCAACACAGCGUGAUGCUAGCCCUGCAUCUUCAACCGAGGCAGCCAGGGAACACUGUGUGGAGACGCAGCAAGAGAAGCAGACUGAUCUCACAACAGAUUUCACAUCGGAUCUUUACCUUUUUUCUUCUUUCUUUUUUCUUUGUUUUUGCGCAAACACAAUCUUUACUUUCCCUCUCUGCUUUGUGUAAUCACAUGAGUGCUUUAUUAACGUUUAGCAAAGUGUUUUAAAAAAAAAAAAAAAAAGGUCAGGUCGCAAUGUCUAUUCCUCACUGUCUUUGAUUUUUGUUUUGUCAGUGAGAUGAGGCUUAUGCUUGUUGUGUAGUAUUAGACUGUACAUAGUUCAAUCAAAGGUGUAAAUCAAAGUAUGUAGUUGGAAGAAAAAAAAAACAGAAAAAAAACGCUAAACUCCUCAGCCUGUGCACUAGUGCCAGUCAGUUUGAAACGGCAGGCGUGGCUAACAGAUACCACUGGAGCAAAAAGCUGGUGGCACUUCUGUCUGAAAUCUGUCUUGAAAUGGUAUUCUUAAUCAUCUUUGCACUUAUUCCAUUAGGGUCUGUUACUUUGAGAAUUGUGUGGUCACAUUGACACCAAAAUCAUAUACGUAGCAAAAAAUAUAAAUAUAUAUAAAAAUGCUAAAAUACAUGAAUGAUAUUCUUGGCCUUAGACGCUAAGGCUCACCCUCAUAUCCUGCGAAACGGAUAGGAAUUUCAACAUUCCCAGUUACUGUAAUUUAAAGUAGUUUUUAACCGCACUUGAGGUUGCAUGUUCUUGUAGCUUAUGUAUAAACCAUGACAACUGGAUGGCUUCUAUAAAUGUUCUAAAUCUAUGGAUAUAUUGGAGUAUGUGAGAGCGAGAUUCCAUGUUUAUGGCAUUAUCUUGAUGAUUUGGUUUAACCUGUUUUGAUACCAAGAAUGGAUGGAAUUGAAUUAGUCAUUCUUGCGCACUAAAUGUCUUUCCACGGAGCGAAUCAUCCAGUUUUGAUACAAGAAGAGAAAGACAUAUCACACAUUCAAUAUGCUGCAGACUUUUCUAUAAAUUGGAUAGUCGUGUUGGACACAGCGAAUCUUUUCAAAUACAGUCUUUGUGAAAAAGGCCAAUUAAUUUCAACACACUAGUGUUCCUCACAUCCCGUACCUACCAAAGCUAUAACAGAUGUGACACUAUGAGGUUGAAGUCGAUUCCUAGGGAUAAGGAUACCAGCCUGUUUUUCUUUUUGUUUUUUUCUUUCCUCUUUUUGUUUUGCUUCUCGCUAAAUGUCUUUUUUUCCUCAUCAAUAAGCCCUUUUUCACUCGAAUACCUCAGUUAAUUGCAUGCAUUUUCUUUUCUUUUUUUUCUUUUGUUUGGUGCUAUGUUUUUGUAUUAAGCUUGAAUUUCUCAUCUUUUUUGCACUGUAACUAUAAUACCUCUUUAUUUGACCUUUUUUUUUUUUUUUUUUAAUCCGUUUGAUUGGUUUGGUUGUCCCGUUCGUCAGCCAUCAAGCUGUAGAGGAGACCUGUGUUGUCGUCUUUUCCCCCCUCCCAUACUUGAGGUUGACACUUGAUUUUUAUUUUUGGGAGGGGGCUCAGGCAGGAAGUGUAUUCUCUGCACCUAAGCCUAACAGUUUUUUUUCUUUUGUCAUUCAUUAGCUAAUCUUUUCAUCAGCUGAGAAUGUGUUUUUUAAUUCUGGGUCAGAUGAGCAGAGGAUUGAGUGGACUGAUCAGUAGGGCUCAUGCUUGUAGAUGUACUCAGAUUGCACUCUUAAACUCACAUUUGAAUGUGUCAGAAGAGACGCACACCUUGUGCUUUCUGAACUCUUAGUACAGCUCUCUGGAAUCAGAUUCAGCCACAGCUGCUUCUACCUCAAGGCCAGUGCGUUUUAAAAAAAGACUACAGUUCAUUAGAGCAACUCUGACCACACGCUGUCAUCUUUUUACUAUGAUGACUUCCAGCCAGCGUCACACAUGCAGUAUGAAACACAGAUAUCCGAGUCCACAUUCCCUCCCACUAAUCUGUGAGUCCAAUAGAAACAAAGAAAACUCCGUGCCUUCUCUGUGGGAGAUCAGUGUCCGCAGAGAUCGGCUUUGAAUUCAGUCAGAAACAAGAGUGAGGGCUUAGAAUCAAUGUGUUACAGAUCCUAACCAGAGCUUCUCUCCCUCAUACAGUCUGUAAAACUACCCUGCAGUAUAACAAUCUGUACCCACUUUGGGACUUCAACUGAGCUCCCAAAAUAAGUCCACGAGUCCAAAAAAGUAGUCCCAGUGAUUAGAUUAUCGAGCAGGCAAAGCCAGCACACGGCUAGCCCAUUGCUGCAGAACCUGUGGAGGUCCAGAAACUCCCGGGUUCACAGUGUCGCAAUGGCUUUGUGGCAGUUUGACUUUAUGCGCCAAUAAAGCACAGUAUGAAGUAAACUGACAGGUGCGUAAGGACACCUGUUAUUACUUGAUCUAGCUGGAGUUGUAACCUCUAAUACUUACUAAAGUUUACGCAAAUAUAAGAUGAACCCUUGCUAAUGAUGCACAUAUAGUGGCUGGUUGACUUGUUCAGUUAACUAUGUUGAUAUUGGAGUGGCAGCGAUGCUGGAUGACAGGUCCUGGUUCUCAGGUCCUGCUGGUUCCACAACAACAUUUAGUACAAGCAAGAAACCUGCAGCAAGUGAACCUGAAACCAGUUUAGACAAAGUUUGUCCUGAGAUCAACUUUGGGUCUGUUUUUUUUUUUUUUUUUUUUUUUUUUUUAAUGGCCCUGAAAUAUGAAGUGGAUGAUAACAAGAACCAAACUGCAGCUACUAGUAGAAACAGCAGAUUGUCACUUUUGGAUUCAGCCUUUAUUCAUUUGUGGGGAUGAAAAAUAAAUUCCAGCGUUCAAGUACAAGAUGUUCACUUUGAAGUGAACUAAGUCAUGUACGUUCUAAAUCCGCUCUCUGCUGGGACUGAUCUUUGUGUGAGCUCCUCUCAGACGUCAUGCUUUUCAUAUUUAGGCUCCCACUUGUGUUCAAAAUCAGCGUUCAACCUGUCGCCGUUAAAGAGUGCAAUCUGUCCUUAUGUCUCAGGCAGGCGUCCAUCCCGUCUAAACCAUCUGGGCUGUGUGCGUUCCUCUCUGUUCCCCUGUUACAGUCACACACACCUUCCAACACCUCAGUCUGUAGUACAUACACACACACAUACGCAUACACACACAGCCAUUUUGACUUUUCCUCCGGCUCAACACUAAUUAUGUGUAGUCUCCAGAAAGAGGACGAGGAGGAGAUUACUGAAGAAGAAUGUGAACUCACUCAUACGGUGCCAUGCCCACUCUCUCUCUCUGUCUGUGACUGAAAUAAGGAUCACAAAUAAUCUCGUCAGCCACAACAAUAUCAAUAUCCAACCACCUUGUAUGUUUUUCUUUCUUUUUGUUAUCAAGGGGGGAGAUGUGUGUGAGAGUGCUGAAGUUAAAGCUGUACUGUGUUGUUCAGAGCGGACUUUGUUUUCUUGUACUUUUUUUUUUUUUUUUUCCUUUUCUUUUCUUUUUGUACAUGUAGCACAAUUGAGCAUUGCACUUGGGCGCCAUACUUUACCUCAUGUCAGAGUGUGAAAGGGAGUGAAAGAUGGAGGACAAAAAAGAAGUGUAUAUAUGAUGCCGUAAUGUUAAGAGGACUAACUUGUGGUUCAGGCUUUGCUGCUGUUUCAAUCGCUGGUAUUAUACAAACCUAUUUAAAAAGAGAGUAAGGGGCUACGGGAGGGGGGUGGGGACAAAACGUGCCUGCCAAGUCAUCGUCUGACAAAUACACUGUAAAAAGAAUCUCUGCAAUUUGGGCCUAAAAUGUCUGGACGUCACGCACGCUGACGUCCUGCCUUAAGUGCAUGUUUGGAAACCAAUCGUAAGUCAAAGAACGUCCGCUCACGACUGAACCAUGGACUGACGCUCUGGGUUUAAUUUUCUUCUGACUACUUUGAUACGGACAUUUUGUCGACGUGAUGCUCCCAGCCUCCCGUCUCCUCCUGCGGUGUGUCAGUCUGGAGCAUGUGACUAACUUCCCCCAGCCCUUUAUCGAGAACUUAAAGGAAAAAUCCACUCAGACUUGUUCCUGUGCUUUUGGAUAAAUCAGACAACAUGUGACGUGACGUGUGGCGUGGCUUCACUUGGAGCAGUGUUCACACUUCUUGUCUUUAAAUCUGUUUGUACAUCAGUUUGUGAAUUCCUGUGAAUUGGGGCUGUCACCUUGUUUUUUCACUUGAAAAGGAUUAAAUAUCAUUUUUCUGUGUUCAAAUUCAGAAUUCUCCUUGUUUAAGUGCAGCAGGUUGUGCCUUGUGCUCCAGCAGGCAGCCAUGGAGGUUAUAUGGAGUAAACUAAAGAGGAAGAACUCUGCCCCGUCAGUGACUGAGUGUAGAUUAAGAUCAGCCAGAUCAUUUUAUUGAUCAACCUUUAAUGAUGCAUGGAUUUUUCCAUCUGUUGAUUGGAUUGCAGUGACAGCCCUGAUGUUUGUGUCUGAAGAACAGAACUGGCUAUAAAACGGGUCAUGAAACAGGUUUGGAGCUGGACAGCCGAGUAUCCUGAAAUCCAUCGUGCACUAAGUUUUGGAGUGGAUGGGAUCUUUGCUGGUUCUGCUUGCUUUGAGAGUCCUGAAACGGGCUAAAAGAUUCCUCUGUGGUUCUGUCACGUCAUCACAGAUACAUGUGAAACUCACUGCCUGUAGAAAGUCUUCAUGGUGCUCGGACAUGUUGAAUCACUGUGGAUGGAAUUUACCUUUGGCAUCAGUUAAUCUGGAGUUUGUGCAGCUUGUAGUCUGGACUGAGGUGUGGUUCUGGUUCUGUAACUAACCAAAUCACAUGACGCUCUGGAUCUCCUUCAGUAUCUCCAGGCUUCUUCACCUGAUGUCAUCUUUUCAGACUCACAGCUCCAUCAUAUUCUUCGACUUUAUUCCAUCUUUAACUUUUCACAAGUUCAGAAUAUUGUCUUAGCCUCGGUCUGUUCUAAUCCAUGUCGCAGUUCUGCAUCACUUUCUCUUAGAACUCAUUCAGAUCUUUUACUUGCAUAAAACACACAGUCAGAAUCUUUACUAUGAAUAAAAACCUGCCGCAGUAUAAGAACAAACAUAUAUUCAGGUAUUAAAACAAGUUGUUUAGCAGUGAUUUCACUUUUUUUUUAAAAGAAGUUUAGAGGUUAAAUGUGAUUUUCUAAGUUUGUCCUAUGUUUUUCAUUUCAAAGCUUCAUCUGAGUAACUAAUAAGUACAACAUGGAGUCAAAGGUACUCUGGUACCCCAACCUUGAACUCAGUUAGCAAGAGUAUUUGUUACCAUGCAGGAGUUCUUCCUGAACCAGUCUGAGCUCUGGGAGACCGUGAUGCACAUCGUGGUACUCACAACAGAUAAUGAACUGCACUCUUGUGUGUCACAGGUGCUCCCUGCUGUUUUUAGAUCCGUGUGACCUUUAAGGGUUUCCGUUCUGAUUCCGGCUGCAGUGAUUCACAGUCCUCUGAGUGCUUUGGGGUUUUUGAUUGGAAACUGUAUCUGGAUGUGAUGUUAUGUCAGGUAUUGACAGGAAGUGGAAAAAAGACACCAAACAAGAAGAUGGAGCCCGUCAUCUGAUCUCUUUUCCAACAGUGUUUGUGUCUGAGGUGGAUUUUUCCUGUAAGCUCCGUGGAAAGUGUUAGCAGAGACCUGAAAUGAUGGGUGGGGACAGAACUCUCGGCAGCAGGAUCUUGGUGUCAUAAAGCCAGCAUAGAGCACCGACGGUGACUGUUUUCUUUUGAAUGAGUUUAUUUGUUUGAGGGGGGGUCACAGAGCAGCAGAACACCAGCAGAGCUAAACAUGGAUGGAGUGACGAACUGUUAUCCGUUUGGGGAAUUAUGGGCCAUCACAACUGCAGCAAAUGUUUAAGGGACAUUGGAAUAGAAAUUGAACUCCUCACUCAUACUGUAAUACCGUGCUGCAGUGGUUUGCGGUCUGCACCUUAUUGGAUCACAAACACCUUUUAUUUUAUUAUUUUUUUGUUUAAGUUUUUCUUUUUUUUUUUCUUAAGUUUUUCUUUUUUUUUUUCUUUUUUUUUUUUUAUAACUGUAGCCCAGUAUAUCUACAAUAAAAGUAAUGGUAUGGUCAUUUAA